AUGGAUUUGAAGGCCGCCGGUGAAAAGCAUUUAAUACAGCUUAAUGAGUUAGAUAAAUUUAGAAUGAAAACAUAUGAAAACUCAAGGCUCUACAAAGAGUUAACCAAGAAGUGGCAUGACUUGCAUAUUCAGAGGCGAGAGUUUGAAGUGGGACAGAAAGUUCUAUCGUACAACUCUAGACUCAAGCUCUUCCUGGGAAAAUUAAGGUCAAGGUGGUCAAGUCCCUAUACUGUCACAAAGGUUUUGCCAUAUGGAGCUAUAGAAGUUAGCAACGAAACUAAGGGUACCUUCACAAUUAAUGGGCAAAGGCUGAAAUAUUACUGA